GAGUACAGCAGGCAUCGAAGAAUUUAGUUUGAUCACGCAGCAGCUGCCAAUCGGCAUGUGGAUGUAGUUGAGCUGCUAAUGAAAAGUAAUGUAAGUUUUCCCAAGUUUGCGAAGAGCUAUCCCACACCACUUCUUUUAGCGGCAGGAAAUGGUAAUUUAGAAGUGGUUAAGUAUUUUCAUAGUCAUGGUGCAACGUUUGAUUCUAUCAUCCUUCAUCACACGGCUGCAAGAAACCAAAAAGCUGUAUUAGAGUUUGUAUUGGAUGUUGUAGGGCUGCGUGACACUUGUAAAAAAUGUCAACCAAAACAGUUCUCAAAACUGAGUCUAACUUCUGCAGUAAAAAAAAGCCACACAAUUUUUUGUGAAACUGCUCUGCAUGCUGCUGUAUCCAGGGGGCUAAUUGAGGUCGCUGAGAUUUUGUUAGCGUAUGGAACGGAAUCUUUGGAGUGUCGGCAUCAUUCUGGGAAGACAGUUCUCAUGGAUGCCGUCGAAAAAAAUGAUACUGAGAUGGUUGAUUUGUUGUUAAAGCACGGUGCCAAUGUUAGUACAAAGUGCGGAAGAAAAAUUUUGAAAAAUGUUAGCACAGAAAUGUGCUCCAUAUAUUCUAUGUACAAGCAAGAUUUUUUGUACACCAUGUAUUGCUUCACUGAUAGUUGUGAAUGCGAUAAUAGAGUUAUUCAUAUAAGUGCAAAAUAUGGAUUAUGGAAGAUGGCUAAAAAAAUAGCAAGUGAACGAAUUCUUGACAUGUUAGAUGUAUUAAAUUGUGAUCGGUAUAGUGCUCUCAGCAUUGCUGUAGCAAACGACCAGGCACGUUUUGUUCAGUAUAUAAAUGAUACUUUAAAGGAAGAAGAAGAAAAACGGCUAGUCGCGUUAGAGAUGGUUAAAAAAGCCGUCGAACAUUGUUCGGCCGAUGUAGCCAAAUUAAAUUAUUUUGUUGAUUUCAAGGAUGAGGAUUUAUGGAGUCUUCUAUGGCAAAGUAUUCGAUGGUCCCCCUGUGGCGAGAUAAAUGCUUCCCCAUGUUUAAUGGCUUUUCGAGAUAGCAAUCUUUCUGAUAAAAAAAAGAGAAGGAAAGAGUCGGAAAGGCGCUUAAAUAUUAUUAGGAUACUGUUUGAAACACAUCACAGGGAAACUUUUGUUUCGUACAAAUUGGAAAAAGAUAGUUUAACUUUUUUGCAUCUUGCUGCUUCCAAUGGUUUUGAUGAAGCCGUGAAGUACCUAGUUGAACUUGGGGCAGACACGCUUUUUAAAGACUCAUUUACUGGCCUGACUCCAUUAAUGUCUGCGUUGGUUAAAUCACCAGUUAAUGACCUCCAUCCCGUUGCUUCUUAUCGUUGCUACACUACAAAGGACGGUCAGUUUAGAUCGUGCCACACUACGUGCUAUGAUGAAACUUCACGAUAUUUGAUCCAGGUUCAAAAAGCAAGUAUCUCAAAGUGUGAUGCUAACAGUGCGUCAAUGUUACGUAUAGUCAUUGAGAAAAGAAUGCCGUUGAGUUUGUACGCCUUGUUGAAAAUUGGCGUUGAUAUAAGCUGCCGAGGAAAUGAAUCUUUGUCUCCCUUGUUACUCCAUCUCAAAAAAGGAGGUCACGAAGUUAGUGAUGUAUUGAAAAUAUUUGAAGCGAGUAUUUCUGUCAAAUGUGGGAUGCCUCAUACAAUUUCGGAGUUGCACAGGCUCUCGUUCGUAUCUGAAAAUAUUGGUAAUUUUUUUAAACCUCGAAAUAAAAGUCGUUCUCCAAUGCAAAGAUUGAUCGAUCGUCAUCCUAAUGGUGUUCGUAUUUUAAACUAUUGCUUUGAUGCUGAGGGAUAUUUGCCAAUACAUAGAGCCGCCCAGGGUGGAAAUCUUGCCGCUAUAAGAUGGUUUAAAAAUGCCGGAGUUGACAUGCAGUUAAAAACACGAAGUGGUUUCACUGCUUUUGAUAUAUCCAUCCUCUACUUGGGAGAUAUCAAGUAUGCAGAACUUAUUGCGCCGCCAAACUUAAAUCGAUAUUUGCAUGGACAUGACGUUUAUAGGCCAGUUCCUUUGACAGCAUCAAGGACAAGAGAUCGAAGAAUCGUAUUUCAAGAGUUGAUGCUAACAUUCUUUAGUGCAACACCAGAAUACAGAUCAGAGUUUCCUUGCGGUUCAGCAUUCAAAGGAAUCUCCCCGCUUCAUAUUGCAGCAGUAAAAGGAAUAUCUGUAUUACAAUAUGUCCAUAAAAAAGCUGCAGAGACAUUUCCAGGUUUACCAAUAAAUUGCACGAACGCUCACAGGUUAGACCCAGUGUAUCUGGCCUACUUUUAUGACAGUGUAAGAAAAGAUGGGUUAAUGGCUAAAUAUUUCGAACUUAAUCCUCAUUUCAAGGAUUCAUUCGAACAGAAUGAUGCCAUUUACCGUCUAAACGAUAAAGAAGAAAAUCCUUCAAAAAAUAAGAAAGGACUUCAUCAUGAGCCAGCUCCUAAAUUGCCAGAUCGCGUAGUUGACUAUUUUAUGGUGCACAAUUACUUGUAUCAUCCACCACUUAGAGAACAUGAAUACAGAGAACAUGUUUAUAAUAUUUGGGGUGCUGUAGAUCUAAGAAUAAGUGAUUGUCCUGGUUAUUUUAAUGAUGAAGAAGCGGUAACUCCACAUCAGCCUCCUAAUAUAUUCGAAUGUUCAAAAAUACGGGUUCGUCAUGAUUACUAUUUGUCGCUAUGUAUGCAGGAAAUUCAUGAAUACCAUGCUCGUACACACAACUGUCCGCAUGUAAAGUGGAUAUUACAGCGGUGGUUAACGUUGCGAAAAAGAAAAUACCGUCGACCAACUCAACUUAUUCUAAAUAGAAUGGGCUUGAGCAAUGAUUCUAAAGAUGACGACAUUACAAAUCGAUUUCCAUAUUACUUUUUACACAAACUGCUGCUCCUGAAUGAAUACAAUGCUUAUGAAUACCUCAAGAUCUUAAACAAAGCGCUUGAAAUUUCUGAUGUUCGUUUCCAUAGCCCUGCUUGACUGCAUGCAUGUCUCCUCUGCGGCUGCAUUUCUGUUGUUAUGUAGAGGAAACGCAGAAAUUUGAAUAUGGGAUAAAUAAGUAUUGGAUAAAUUAUUCUUUUGAUUAUGAUUCAGAAGGCGUAAUUUAUGUAAUACGGUGUAUCAGUUGCUCUAAGAUUUAUGUGGGGAGUACUAUUACAUCUUUUAGAAAGAGGUUUAAUAACCAUAAAAGAUGAGGAAGUAUGAACAAGGGGGCAGAAAAAUGGCUGCGGAGCACUUAUAUGCACAUUUUUUUGGCCCUGGGCAUAAAGGUUUAAGGGAUGUGAGGGUUAUCAUUAUUGAUAAGACCAAUGUUGAUAAGCCUACACAAAUGGAGGCAUUUUGGGUGUACAAAUUAGAUUCGUUUGUACCUCGGGGAUUAAAUGUAAGAGACUUUGAAUAAUAUGUAGGGUAAUUACUAUAUACGUAUAGGCCAUUGACUUCUAUAUUAAUCCUUGAAGAAGGGGCAUGCCCCGAAACGUAGGAGGUGAAUAAAUGUUGAUAUAGUUACCAAAGUUUAUUUUGUUAUUUACUUAUAUAUAUAUAGGCAGAAUUUGCCUUUCAAUUAGAUUAGCUUAUUUGGUAUCACGGGAUAUUUUAUGUAUAAAUGGGGGAUAGAUUAUCUGAUAUGUUAUUAGUCCACUGAAGAAGCCAUAACUGGCGAAACGU